AUGACCGAAGAAACAAAAAAUAUUCCAACUAAUAUGUUAACUGCAGAAGAAUUAUUAGAAAAUAAAGGCUUAAAAUAUAAUGCAUGGGAUGAAUAUGAGAAAUCAUCUAAAACUCUUCCGAAAACUGGAAUGAAACAGUUUGAACCAAAUAAUUCUUGGCUUCAAAAUAUGCAAAUUGAAAAGGGUAUCAUGGCUAGAAAAAAUUUAAUAGCUAUAGAAAGAGUAGAUCGUAUUUCUCAGUUAGCUAGUGCAGAAUGGUUACCCGCACAGAAAAAGGCUAAAGUGAAAAAGUAUUCUGGUCAAGAUUGGAGUAGUUUUGGUUUAGAAAAAGGUGGUACCUUAUACUUAAUACCAGAGGAAGCAUUAUUUCUUCUAGAAGCUAAUUGUUUGGAGCUUACAUGGAAUGAUGUAUCAUUAUCCAUUCAACAAGCUUAUGAACUUUUAAUUGAUAAUGUUGAAUGUUCAUUAGAGGAAUACAGAGUAUAUAGUCAAUUAGUACGGUAUGGUUAUCGCAUCCAACGUUUUGUUUAUAAUUCAGAAAAAAAUACAAAAGGUGAUGAAACUAGUGUUAAACGUAAAGUUAUUGUUGAACCUGAAAAUGGUCUUUGGAUGGCUGAUAUUCACCAACAAAAUAAAGAUUGUACAGAUCUACAUAGUGAAAAAUUCGUUGAUUAUUCAAAAAGAACUGAUACACACGAUAAUAAUUUUUGCAGUGAAACUUGUCAAGAGACAAUAGAAGAUAAAGAUAUUUCAGAUGAAGUUCAUGAAAUUGUAGAUGAUCUUCUUUGUGCAGUAGAAAAUAUUGAAGCACAAUCUGCAAAUAUUGAAUAUGAGAACAAUAUGAGAAGUAAAGAAAAGUCAGAUCCCAAUUCACAAUCUGUGAAUAUGAAUGGAGAUAAAAAGAAACGAAAUUCCAAGGUAGAAAUUAUAUCAGAUGAGACUUUAUUAGGUAAUAUCAAAAUUAUUACAGAUCAUAUGAAUGAUUAUACCAAAGGAAGUAAUAUUUCAACAAAUUGGCGAGCAUCGCGUAUACAACGUAAUGUUAAAUUAGUACCUAGAAGAACAGACAAACUACCAUCAACUAUUGAUAUUUUGGAUUCUAACACUACAAGUCCUGAAUGUUAUUCAGGAAAACAUAAAUUACUUUCACCACCAAGAGAAAAUUCUCCACUUAAGAAAUCAAAACAUGAGGUAAUAGAACUAUCUGAUGACGAAAUUCAAGAAGUACCGAAACCUAUAACACGAAUGGAUUUAUUAAAUUUGAUUCCAAACAUUGCAUUUCAAUCUACAAUUACAAUAAAAAUUUCAAGAGGUUACAUACCGCAUAGUAUAAAACCCCUUAAAACGAUUUAUCAUUAUGACAGUGCAAAAUUAAAAAAUUUACAGCAAGCAGAUAGAAGAUAUCGAUUUGGUCAAAGUUUUGAACACAUAAACAAUAAUGCAAGUUCAAAUUUCUUACCAUUACGAAAAUUAUAUCAUCAAAGGAUCGUAGGAAACACAUCAAUUUAUAGCAUAACUGGAAAUAUAUUACUUCUAGACCCUCGUCCGAGGUAUUGGCCGCGACAUCAUAAAAAUAUGAAUAUUGCAUCCAGUAACGAUGAAUUCUAUCAAUCAUCAUUUAAAGUAUUGCCAGGCGUAUCAUCAUGGUCAGAAUUGAAAACUAAAUGGCGCGAAAUAAAAACAAUUACAAUUGAUGAUGAAGAUAUAGGAAAAGAAGUUAUUGAAGAUAGUAACGAAGUACAGGUAGUUGGACAAUUACGUAAUCCUCUUGUUGGCUCAAAGAGUGCAAAUAGUCUUGAAGAAGUUUUUAGUAAACUUAAAAUAAUUAAAUCUGCACCCGAAAAAAUUGUAAGAAGAAAGAAAAAUAAAUAUAAAAUAUCCUACAAUGUAUAUUCCAAUACACAGAACUACAGGAAAGCGAAUCCUGGUCUUCCAUAUUAUAGAGUAGUCGUAAUUAGACAAGAUGAUCCAUUUAUACAACCAAUUGAAUUACACCGUUUAAUGCAAGAUGCAGACAAUUCACCAAUACUAUUAGCAUGUGUUUCAAUGUCAAUUUCAUAUAUUCAACCAGGAUUUAUAUCUAUACCUAAUUUAACAUGA